UGAUCAUGAUGCUUUAGAGCCUAAUAUGUCUAAACCACCUUAAAGAGGAUAUAAAACGGUGUAAACCUUGGUCUAUCAGUCAUCCGUUGGAGUACAUUGCUGCUCUUUGUAGCUAAGUCUGCCUUGUAUUCACAUGACAGUUGCCCAUUCAUAUGGGUCCCUGUUCCCUGACUUCACUAAAGGGUUGGAACUCUUUUUUAAUGGAUCCUUGUGCCCAAGCAAGACCCAUAGACAUCCACACUGAUCAGUCGGUGGAAGGCCAAAAAGGAAGAGCCAAUUAGAACUCAAUAAAAAAUGGACCUGCCACCCUGGGACAACAAGAUAUGCCAAGCCCUUUUUUUGUCAAAACAGACCCCCCUACCCUGAGCGAUACAAAUCUUGAAUAAAAGAUGGAGGAGACUAGAAAACUGGAGGACACAUUGGAGACAGCUCUGAUGAAUCUGCCGAGUACCAGCUUUAAAUCGUUCAAGAACAAGCUCAUUGGAUACAAAGAGAUCACAGUGCAGGAUUUAGAACCUGCAGGUCCAGAAGAAGUGGUUAAGAAAAUAAUCAGAUACUACACAGUAAAGCGUGCACCAAAGUUAUUUAUAACAUUGCUGGAGUCUAUAAAUGAGAGGCAGGCCGCUCUAGAACUGAAAACAGCCCUGAAGACAAUAAAGACAACUACUGCUCCGAAAAAGAAAACCCCUGUGAAAGCACCUACAAAAAAGAAAACUCCUGGAGGCCAGAAGAAAUCAUCCACUGCAGAGAAAAAGAAAACUCCUGUGAAAGCACCUACGAAAAAGAAAACCUCUGGAAGCCAAAAGAAAGCAGCCACUGCUACAAAAAAGAAAACUCCUGUGAAAGCAACUACUGCUGCCAAAAAGAAAACUCCAGCGAAAUCACCUGCUGCUGCGAAUAAGAAAACUCCAGUGAAAGCAAUUACUGCCGCAAAAAAGAAAACCCCUGUGAAAACAUAAAACCGUACCCAUGUACUAUAAGCCCAUCCAGGACAUUUAAUAUACACUGCUGAAGAAAUAUGAAUCUAAACUUAUAUAAGUGAAUAGCAUUUGCAAAUAUUUAAAAAAUUGUUAAGUAUUUUUUAUCUUAUUUUCCGCAAUUCUGUUACAGCGUUUGGUGGUAAUUUGGGUUCUAACCAUUAAAUCUAAGACUCUCUUUAUCCACAUACCCAUCAACUAUGGUCGGCAUCGUCCGUGGUUUACAGAUAAUGUGCAAAUCUUUGGCUUUGUGUUUAAUGACGUUUAACUCAAUAUGUCAAAUAAAGUGGCCGACCUUUACCCACAAAAAGAAAAUGUUUGUGCAAUCACAUCCCCCUCCCUCCCAGUCCACUGAUGAGAUGUCCUGACGAAGGGCGGUAACCCUUGUUUUAAUCCCAUGUCAGUCUAAUGUAGAGACUAAAGGUGCCCAUACAUG